UGUGUGUGUGUGUGUGUUUUCUGACCAGCUGAAAAUGGCGGCGGCCCGGACCGUCGACAGCUCCUAACUUUUGUCGCACAAUAACAAACACCUCAAAAAUACUGAGCUGUUUUCGCAUAACAUGGAGAUAAACCUUAUCCGGAGGCUUCAGACGCGUUAGUCGGGACAGAUAACUUUCACCACACCGUCUGAGCGGAGUUAAAACGUAAAGACUAUGGAGGAUCCUCACACACGGUACAGCAAACGUCUGCGGACAGCUCCGCGAAGGCAGUACCAGGAUGAUGGAAUCUCAGACGAUGAGAUUGAAGGCAAACGAACGUUUGACCUGGAUGAGAAGUUGCAAUGUGAGAGGUUUGGCAGUGAUCUGAUCAAACUCAUGGAGGGUAAAGAUUUUACAUAUGAAUACAUACAGAGGGAAGGGCUCAGGGACCCCAUUAUUUUUAAGUUGACUGAUGGGCUUGGUAUACAAAUGCCAGACCCAGAUUUUAGUGUGAGUGAUGUCAAGUUAUUUGUUGGUAGUCGACGGAUCGUAGAUGUUAUGGAUGUGAAUACCCAGAAGGGAAUUGAAAUGUCUAUGGCUCAGUGGCGACGCUACUAUGAGACGCCACCAUCAGAAAGAGAAAAACUCUACAAUGUGAUCAGCCUGGAGUUCAGCCACACCAGGCUGGAGAAUCUGGUCAAACGACCAGCAUCAGUGGACCUCAUUGAUUGGGUGGACAACAUGUGGCCCCGCCACCUCAAGGAGAGACAGAGGGACUCCACCAAUGCAAUCAUAGACAUGCAUUAUCCCAAAGUACAGAAGUACUGUCUCAUGAGUGUGCAAGGCUGCUUCACUGACUUCCACAUUGACUUUGGUGGAACUUCAGUCUGGUACCACAUUCUGCGAGGUGCAAAGGUGUUUUGGCUGAUUCCACCAACGUCUCAGAACCUGGGAAUGUAUGAGGACUGGGUUUUAUCUGGAAAGCAGGGGGACAUCUUCUUGGGAGACAAGUGUUACGACUGCCAGAGGAUAGAGCUCCAACAGGGCAACACCUUCAUAAUCCCAUCAGGGUGGAUCCAUGCCGUAUACACUCCAGAAGACACUUUAGUAUUUGGAGGAAAUUUUCUCCACAGCUUUAACAUCCCCAUGCAGCUCAACAUCUACAACAUUGAAGACCGCACACGGGUGCCAGCGAAGUUUCGCUACCCGUUCUACUAUGAGAUGUGCUGGUAUGUCCUGGAGAGAUACCUCUUCUGUCUGACCAACAACUCCCACCUCACGCCGGAGUUCCAGAAAUAUUCUCUAGGCAUCGGACUGACUCCGGCAGACCUCGGGGAUAACAAUCCCUCAAUAAAUGGCACCAAUGGGGUUGACAAUGAGGUUGAAGAACAGCGGAAGGAAGAAGAGGUCAAGGAAGAGGAAGGCCACGAAGAGCCAGGUCACGAAGGGCCUACAAACAAAGUUGUGACCCCUCGGCCUGUGCUGACCCCAUUUGAACUGGAGGGACUGUGGAACCUUGUAGGGAAGCUGGAAGAGCUGCCGGCCCACAAAAAGUGUGUCCCCACAGGGAUAAGAAAUGCUGCAGCGCUGCUGGAGGACAUGAGGGCUGUUUUACGGGAGUGUGCCAGUGACGAUGUCAAACUAGCCUACACUGGAGAGCCAAUCAUCCGUUGGCCUAAGAGGCCGUCAUGGUACCAGCCCCCAACCCCCCCGCCACCUGUUAUUUACCGUCCUCGUUUGGGGCCGUCUCUGCAUAAAUCUAAAAGGUCUACCAAACACACGUCCAUUUCGGCUCUGAGGCGCAGACGGGUAAGAUGCAAGCGAUGCUCGGCAUGCUGCAGGAAGGAGUGUGGGAAAUGCCAGUACUGUCACGACAUGAGAAAAUUCGGUGGUCCUGGACGCAUGAAAAAGAGCUGUGUCAUGAGGCAGUGUCUCAUGCCUGCCUUGCCGAACACGGCCCGAUGUGCUGUAUGUGGAGAAGGGGAGUUUGAUGAAUCAGAUCCCAGCACGUUCUCUUUAAUGGAGUGCACUGCCUGUUCGCAAAUUGUACAUCGUCAGUGCGUCAAGGAACCCAGUGAGGGGAAGAUCAAUAAGGACCUGCCCAGCUGCUGGGAGUGUCCCAAAUGUUACCUUGGCAAAGACUCUGAAUCAGAGUCUUCCAGUGACGAGGAGAGUGAAGAGUCAGAGGGCUCCACGUUCAUGCCGCAUUCUAAACGUGCAUAUCAGGACGAUGUUGGUGAUGAAGGUCCGAGGCGAGGGAAACGCAGCAGACUGCCGGGCCGACAAACGGCACCGCCUCCUUCACAAAAACUUCUACUACAGCAUCAACAGAGUUGCAAACGUGAAAGUGCACUGGACUACAGACUUAAGAAAAGGAUAAAACUAGAGAGGAGCAAACUUUUAAGAAAACAGUCGUCUUUAGAUCGCUCUCCAAGGCUUCUGAGCUCCAGGCUACUGUCUCGCCUGCACUCUCCAGUCAGCAGACUGUCUCAGGGCCAAAGCCGAGCUUCUGCUUGGGCAAGUGGUUCAUCUCACAGCAGCAUUCUGGGAGGUAAUGGACCAUUUGGGCAGCAGAAGUCCUCCCACGGCCUGGUGCUUCACCCUAAAGGAGAGCCCCGCAGGGGUCAUGGAAGAGGUGUGAGGCUGCGAGGUGGAGGAGCAGGGCGAGGUAUCGGAGGUGGAGGGACGCAUCAUGAGCUGGAGGGCGACAGUGAUGACAGCAGCAGCAGCAGCACCAGUAGCAGUGAGGACGAGGAGGAGGUCCAGGAGAGCGGUCUGAAUAACGGGAGGGGAGGGGAUAAAGAGAACCAGCCACAAUCGAGGCGAGGACAACCAGCCACAGAACAGGAUGAGUGUGGAAGUGGACUGGGCAACCAAAACGGUGGAGAGAAGGAGGAUGAAGAGGAGGAGAUGGAUCAUGACAUUCCAAAAGGGGACAAAGAUGGCUCGUAUAUUAAAGUGACACUUCAGAAGCCACCCAGAGCAAAACAGGACUCGUCAGCUAUUGUUCCCAAAUUAGAGGCUGUCACCCCUCCAACUGCCACUUCUACAAUACACAACCAGAGCAAGCCCCUCGUCAGACCCCCUAUUAGAAAUCAAGGGCCUUGUCCUGAUCGACACACAAACAGGGUCACACCUCCACGCACUCGCAGCAGACACACAGACUCUUAUUCUUCCAACCCAGACAGACUGGAAGCAUCAAAACCAACCAGACCAGCUAAAUUAAGCAAUGGGGCUUCCUCCUCUGCAUCAUCCGAGCUUCACCAUCUCAGAGUCCCUCUCUCUGCCCUGCAGGAAGGAGGGGGUGAGGCAGACAGGGAGAGUGCAGGGAGCGGUCCGAGCUGUGAGAGGGAAGUUUGGGUCUCUGUCUUUCGCUACUUAAAUCGAGCAGAUUUAUGUGUCUGUAUGGCUGUCUGCAAGAACUGGUACAAGUGGUGUUUAGAUAAAAGGCUUUGGGCCCGGAUUGACUUGAGCAUCAAGCGCAUUGUGACCCCUCAGGCCCUCACCGGCAUCAUAAAGAGACAGCCCGUCACACUCGACCUCUCUUGGACGAACAUCUCCAAAAAACAGCUCAACUGGCUUAUUGGCCGCCUGCCUGGACUAAAGGAUUUGAUGCUGUCCGGUUGUUCCUGGUCGUCUAUUUCAGCUCUCUGCUCCACUGGGUGUCCUCUGCUCCGCUCUCUGGACCUGCGAAAUGCAUAUGGUGUCAAAGAUGCACAGAUCAGGGAUUUAGUCAUACCUCCAGGCUGUGACAACCGCAGCCAGCUGAGGAACAUGCAGUGUUUGCGGCUUGCAGGUCUAGAUAUAGGCGACUCCACUCUGCGGCUGGUGAUCCGCCACAUGCCCUAUUUAACAAAACUGGAUCUCUCCCACUGCAACAGCCUCACCGACCACUCCAUCAACCUGCUGACUGCGGUCGGCUCGUCCACCCGAAACACGCUGACAGAACUCAACCUAGGAGGCUGCAGCAAACUGACAGACACGUGUUUGAAAUAUCUCCGCCGCUUGUCAUGCAUCUCUUUGCUGGACCUGCGAGGCUGUAAAGGAGUCUCCAGAAAGGCUUGUGAGGCCUUCAUCUCCGAGCUGUCAGUCAACACACUCUACUGCCUAUCAGACGAGAAACUGAUCCAACGGAUAUCCUAGUCGCCUGCAGAGGGCGUGGACCUAAUUAACAGGGAAAGUCGCAUGCAGGAGGGGUGGGGUCUGAACUGCAGGGCAUGCUUACUUCACUGGUGUUUGGUAAAGGUGGUUGUUUAAGCCAGAUCAAUACUUUUUUUUCUGUGUACCCACAGAGACGCUCAGGAGCAUUUUUGCUGUUCAUUCAAUAAAUAAUUUUUUGGAAAGAGGAUAUAAUUUUUCAUUAACUGGAAUGGGAGAAUGAUGACCUAGCUCAGUUUGACCUGUGGACGACCACCACCUCAACUAGUUUUUGUUUUGGGAAAAAUACCAGUGUUGACCCCUAUCACAGGCUCCUGCCUUUCAGAGUUAGAUGAGCAAAGACUUGAGUUGCAACCUUGGGAUAUAAAUAAUUGAUCUUUUGCGCUUGUCUAACAUAAAUUCCUAUUUUCCUCGUGACAAAAAUAAAUCUGUUCGAUUUCAACUACAUUUGGGUGCUACUAGUGGAUGUUUUUGUUCUUGUCAGGGUUACAAUGUCAAUGUUUGCUUUAUGCACAGCAGCUUUGCUUGGAGAUUUCUUUUCCUUUUUAAACUUAAAAGUAAACAGGUAAAAAAAAAAACAUAAAAAUCAGACUACUGGAAUGGCCCGGCCCGUGUUUACCAUUGUGCAUUCAGCUUUUGUAAUUAAGACAUAUUGCAACAGUACAUCGGUGGUAUACAUUGUUGUAAAGCUGAAGAAGGUACAAAGACUGUGAGUAGGCAAUCAACAUAGCAACAAGACCUCACCCCGUGAAAAGGGCAGGUUGGGUUAAGUGUGGGGGUCAAGCCAAGGAUAAGGUGUCGCAUAAAUGGUCCAUUUCCAAACAGCAGUUCAACUUCAGGUGCUAUUAUUUUCAAACUCGUAUUGCUUUGUUUUUUUUUGUACAGACAUUUAAAGUAAAAAUAUCGUAGAUGAAACUGCUCCCCACCUCUCUUUGUUACAAUUUCGUUUUUUUAUGGUUAAAAAAAGUUGUAGUCACUUUUGUUCACUUGUCUAUGUCUGCGUGGAGAUGUUGGAGUUUUUGCCCGUUUUCGUUCACUUCAAGUGUUGGAACUGAAACGAAGCUCUCUCUCCCCCCCCCCCCGGACUGCUCUCCUGUCCAUAUCUCUAAGAAUGAAUAUAAUUAUAUAAAUAUUUACUUUUGUGUAAAUGUGUUGUUGUUUUUGUUUUUUUGUUUUGUUUUCUGCCUUUAGAGUAUAAACAAAGAUCCUGUAGCAUUGUAAUUAUUUUCAGAAGCUUUUUUCACUUCAUGUUAUUUUUCAAGAAAAAUAAAGAAAAUCGACAAUGAUUGCUAAGUGUAAA